GUGACUCCCGGGGCGGAGCGGCAGGAGCGGGAGCCGCCCGCCCGUUCCCCCUCCCCCCCCGCCUCCCGCUCGGCUCGGCCAUGGAGGAGGAGGGCAUGAAGGAGGGUGGUGAAAAACUGCGGGGUGCCCAGAUGGCCGAUAAGGCUGGAUGGAUCAAGAAGAGCAGUGGGGGCCUCCUGGGACUUUGGAAAGACCGCUAUCUCCUGCUCUGCAAGGCCCGACUUCUUGUCUACGAGAACGAGGAUGAGCAGAACUGCAUAGAGACUGUAGAACUGGGCAGCUAUGAGAAGUGCCAAGACUAUCGAGCUCUCUUAAAGAAGAAGCAUCGGUUUAUUUUGCUUCGAUCUCCUGGGAACAAGGUUCAUGACAUCAAAUUCCAGGCUCAGAAUGGGGAGGAGAAGGAGUCCUGGAUCAAAGCCCUCAAUGAAGGUAUCAACAAAGGCAAGAACAAAGCCUUUGAUGAGGUUAAGGUGGACAAGAGCUGUGCCCUGGAACAUGUGACCCGGGAUCGGGUGAGAGGAGGACAGCGGCGCAGGCCACCUACAAGAAUCCACUUGAAAGAGGUGGCCAGUGCUGCGUCAGAUGGGCUAUCAAGGCUGGACCUUGACAUGCCAGACAGUGAGCCCCCCUCUUUCACUUCCAGCAACAACAUCAGCGAUUCUCCCCCUACAGAGAUACCUCGACCACCCAUGCCUCCAGCCAAACCCUCCCAGCAUCCAGAGAAGGCAAAUUUGGAAGAUAGUGCUGAAAAACCAGAGGCGGAGGAGAGCAUCCCAACUCCUGCAUCUGAUAAUCCCCAGGACCAUCCUGAGCACCAGGGUAUGGCAGGAACAACUGAGGAGGACUUGGAAACCUCGACCCUGCCUGGGGGUAGUAAGGAGAACCUGAUGGAAGGAAAUAAGCCUCCUGAGCCACCUCCCAAGGUCCAGCCUGACAAACUGAAAGUAAGCUGGGAAAAUCCAGGCCCAGAGCCUCCCACCCCUGUUGGCAAAGAAUCAGAUCAACCCACCAGUUCAGAGACUGCUUCCAAGGAGGGAGGGAAACCCCCGGCCCCUCCACCAAAGAUCCUGUCUGAGAAAUUGAAAGCAUCUCUGAAGGGGAGUGAGACCACCAGUCUAGAGCAAUGCCAGGACUCCCAGGCUUCCAAGACCCCCGAUCCCGAUCCAGCUUGCUCCCAAGUUUCAGUGAAUGGCCUGACUGACAAUGCGAAUGGGGUCGAGCCCGUUCUAGAAUCGAGUCUGCAGGGAGCUGUGAAGGAUAGAGGCGACCAGAAGACUCCCCUGAAGGAGGGAGAGGGGCAGCUAACCCCUUCAGAGCCCAGCUCAGCCGUCUUAGAAGACAAGGGAGCCCAGGAGGGCUCAGGAGCAACCCUCCAGGACAGACCCCCUGUACUACCAUCACUGCAGCCCCGAUGUGCCUCCCUUGGGACCCUGCUGACCGAGAGUGACAAGGGUCAAGGCCUGCCCCGGGACAGGCGCCAGCUGGUCAAGAUGGAGAAGAAGGUGACUUCUGAAAGGGAAAAGACUGAGCAGCUCUUGAGCCAGGUCCUAGGCAGGGAGUUGGAGCAUGCCCAGGAGGGAAACGGACCCCCUGUCAAUGCUGAGACAUUGCUCAACCAGGCGGUAGAGCAGCUGAGGCAAGCGACCCAAGUCUUGCAAGAAAUUAAAGUUUUAGGAGAACUGAACAAGGAACCACCGACCACGCUGACAGAGAAACAGAAAGAAAAGCAGAAGGACCUAGUGACUCUGUAUAGGAGAAGUGCUCCCUAGGGCAUGCUUAAGCACUUUUUUCUUCUUUUUUUCCCUUUUAUGGUCUCCCUCAAAAUUUUUAUUCACCAGUGCUGUUACUGGGCCAACAGACGGUCAUAAGACUGGUCUUGUCCCUACCCUUUGUCCAGCCACUUUCUUAGCAAUGGCCCCCCUUCCCUCUUCUCUUUAAUGUUCUCUUUCUAGUGAAGUCUUCUCUUCAUCGAUAUGGAGGGAUGACAGUCUGCUGGCUGGCAAAUCAGUCGAUCACAUGUCUCCAUCUCACAGCCCUGCAGGGUCUCCAUCUAACCCCAAAUAGCUGGAUAUACCCAGGAUGCCUCAGGGUGCUCGGCCUCAGACACAGGGAAGGGGAUCCUUGUCGGGGUGGCCAUGAAUAUCCAAGCUCAUCUCUGCUGUGUGGUCUCCAGCUAGAACAUCUCUCCUUACCUUCUGGUCAUCUGCAUGCUCAUUUGAAGGUGAAAUCAGGCUGGUGGUGGACCAAUCAGGAGAGGAAAGGCAUCUUUGAAAGGAAGGCCAGUUAUGCCCGAAGAGAACAGUCAUACACUGUAACUGUUCUGGAAAUUCUGUUCCCCCUCCUCUCAGUGUUGUUGCCUGACAAUAUCCACGGGUUGAGUCUAGAACUCAGGCUUUCCCAACGUGGUCUAGGCUGGAGCUGUCAAUCAGUAGCCUAAGAGAGAGCUAGUAAGUGUCCUGGGACACACCAUUUAGCCAGGAUUCACCAGGGAUCGAUGGUCCCUACAGACUAGGCCAGUUGUAUUUCUUGGGAUGUGUUUCCCUCUGUCAUUAUCCUGAUGCCCUACAUGGGCAGCAUAGAGAGAUAUGAGUGACGAUAGUGUCCGCUACCCACUCAGGGAGAAAAGUCAAGGCUGCCUUUGAUCAUUCUUAAUGUCUCAGUAUUUGUUGUCUUAGCCACUUUGGUUUAGCUUUGGGCCCAUUAUUAGCCCUAUGUCCUGAAGGGGGUUGUGGGUGUGCAAGAGUUUACAUUCUGGGCUCCAGGGCACAUCACCGCAUCACUUUGUUGUGUCCUUUGGGGAAAGGGAAUUUGGGGGCAACUUCAUUUCAUUGUUGUCCUUCAAGGACUAUCUAGACGGACUAUCUACCUAUGUGUAGCGAAAAAGGGUUUGAGUCUUUCUACUUUUUGGUUCCUAAAACUCAAACCGUCAAGCUGAGACCCUUUCCCAGCCUGCUAGGGGGUUGCUGCUGCAGAAUAAGGAGGGAUAAGGAGGAGGAGUGCUGGUUGGCCUUAGGGGACCAAUUAGCUAUGGAAUUCUGAGCCGACAUAAGUUUCCAUGAUUCUCUUUGGAAGGGGUCUCAAGGGCUCACCUGGUUCAUCCCCCUACUUUUGUGCAGGAUUGUGACUCAGACUAUCCAACUUCUUAAAUUCUUACAUUAAUUUCAGUGGUCACUCAAAAGAACCAUUUUUUUUAGACUGCAAAAUAAACACACCUCCAGGAGGAUCCUAAUUUUUGUCCUCCGCAAGUGACAUUUAUAUUUAUGCCGUCUAUAUACUUAGCCUCCUCCCUUCACCUGGAUUGGUUAAAUAGCCUCCAAAGGUGUCAAUCAGGCCACUUCUUGUAAAUGACCACAAACAUUCAUUUGAGUGGUAUUAGUUACAGUAAUUGAACUGAUGGAACAUAUCCUGAGAAUGAAUAAUUCCUCUCAGCCAUACCAGUGGAUAACCAGGACAGCUCAGGCCAGGCAAGUGAUUCUGGGUGAUUUCCACCAAGGUCAAUGUGGAUGAUCUGGGAUAGAGUUGGAUCUUGUGGUGACUUGUGCCCUCCUCUGUCCUCAACCUUUCUCCCUCCUAAUCACACACCUACUUUUCCCUGGGGCUGGAGAUUGUGAAGUGAUAGGAAUUACAUUUUCCCUACCUUUCUUUCCCUAGCUUCGUAACUUUCUCCUCUUCCAAGGGUUUGUAGGGAGAGGAAGGGGCAGGGUGGUAUAAGGAAGAUGUCAUAGUCAAUUUGCUUUGUGUGUCACCACAGAUUAUUCAUUUUACUCUUUGGCAAUGUUUGCCUACCUAGUCUCACUCCCUCUAUCAACCAAGACAGGAUUCUGCAUUUUCAGAAGCUGUUCUUGGUACCAAUCAGCUGCUUCCCCAGGAACAGGCUGGAGCUCAAUAUCCCCAGGUGUAUGUAACGAAUAGUUACCUGUUAUAGCCACAGAAUGCCUGCUCAGGGGCCUAACCUACUCUGGAAAUUUCACAAAAGGCCCCCCCCCCCCAAAGUCUAUGCUGAGUUCAGACUUUUUCCAGGCCUUUUUUUUUUUUUUUUUUUUUUUUUGCAUGAGCACUUUUUGUUUAGUGAAGGAUUAGAAAAAGAGAGAACGCCACCAUGGACCUUCCUAAUAAUGCAGCACCUGGCACAGUGCCUUGCAUACAGUAGUCAUUUAAUGUUGGAAUUGUGGGCUGGCCUUUGUCAAGCACGGGCAUUGGCUACAGCAGAAAUUAGUAAUGCAAGUUGAUGCCUUAUUUACUGAAAUUUUAUCCUGUAACACAAGAUAUCGCCAUGAGUAAGCUGGCCUUUCUCCAGGGUGGUGCUGGAGGUAUGGGGUGUAAUUGGACUCAUUCCUAGAAUUCUGCUUUAGAGAGGUGUAUGGGGACUUGUUUGCUGACAGUCUUCAGCUCCCUCUAACUUUGAGACACACCUCGGUUGUCCACAACACUCAGGGUUGAAUGGGGAUGGGAGAUGGGAUGGAUCUCCCAUUCCUGGAGGUCACUGUAGGGCCUCCAAUUACUGGCAAGUGACAGUAAGUGGGGCUCAGAGAGAAAAAGAUGGGGGUCUCCAAGAGGAGGUGGCACUCUAGAGUAGGCAGCAGGCUUAUAUUUCAUGUAAAUAAGAGCCAAUGUGUACAUUAUACAAAGGAUUCCCACCAUCCUCUCUUUCCCUAUAGGGACUACCCUCCCCACCUCCACCUCUCUAGGGGUGUUAGUUUAAAAAACUGAAUCAUUGGUCUACAUUGAUCUGUUGCAUCCUGUCCCAGUCAACUCCCUUUUAAGGCCAGUUUGGUAUAAGCUGCACAUAUAGGGUUCCCCUUUCUUAAUGAAAAAGGUCCUGGAAAGGGGUGAGGGGACAACAAAUGUGAACGGUGGUGGCUUCACCCGCCUGGCCAGAGGAGGAGGAGAAAUAGCGUUUCGUGUCUUUUGCUUCUAGUACACAACAUAAUUUUUGAGAGUUGGCAAUAAAACCCCUUUUUAAUUAUG